AUGCACCGGGAUCCUAACCUUGACCCCGACUCCCUGCCUUACCGAACACUGUCUCAAAAUGCCAACUUCAGCGAAUUUACCACCGAAGAUCCAACAGGUGAAAUCGUGGGCCCUGUGGUCACCGACUCGGAGGGCAAGGAGAAGCAGUACAAGCUCGUGACGUUUGUGCCCAACGACCGCGAAAACCCCAAGAACUGGUCGAAGCUCUACAAAUGGUACUGCACGAUGGUCGUCGCCAUUACGUGUUUUGUCGUCGCCUUCGCCUCGUCCGUGAUCACAGCCGACCUGGUGGGCGUGGAGGAGACCUUUAAUGUCAGCGAGGAGGUUGCUCUCUUAACCAUCACGGUAUUCGUUGUGGGCUUCGGCGUCGGGCCGGUGGUAUUUGCCCCGCUGUCCGAAAUCUACGGUCGAAGGGUCAUCUAUGGGAGCACCUUGCUCCUGGCCGUCAUUUUCGUCAUCCCAGAGGCUUUGGCCAAGAACAUCGGCACCCUGCUUGUCUGCCGUGCCAUCGACGGAAUCGCCUUCUCUGCACCCAUGACGCUUGUGGGCGGCACCCUGGCCGACCUGUGGCGGAACGAGGAGCGCGGUGUUCCCAUGGCAGCGUUCUCUGCUGCACCUUUCAUUGGUCCCGCGAUUGGCCCUCUCGUCGGCGGAUAUCUGAGCGACGCAGCGGGCUGGCGAUGGCUGUACUGGAUCCAGCUGAUCCUUGCCUUCAUCGUGUGGGUGCUCAUCACCUUCACAGUGCCGGAGACGUAUGCGCCAACCAUCCUCGCGCGGCGGGCUAAGAAGCUUCGAAAGGAGACCAGGUCGGAUGAGCACGUGACCGAGCAGGACCUUGACCUCCGCCCGUUCACGGAGAGAUUGACCAUCUUCCUGAUCAGGCCGCUGCAGCUGCUGUUCCAGGAGCUGAUCGUCUUCUUGAUCUCGCUUUACAUGUCCGUUCUCUACGGCCUUCUUUACAUGUUCUUCGUAGCCUUCCCGAUUGUCUACCAGGAAGGUAAAGGGUGGAGUGCCGGCAGCACGGGUCUCAUGUUUAUUCCUCUAGCCCUCGGCGUUAUCUCCUCCGCCUUCUGUGCUCCCUUUGUCAACAAGCACUACCUCAAAAUCACGGCCCGCUUCAAUGGCAAGCCCCCAGCCGAGUACCGCCUGAUCCCCAUGAUGUGCAGCUGCUGGUUCAUCCCGAUCGGCCUGCUCAUCUUCUCCUGGACGUCCUACCCGCACGUGCACUGGAUCGGCCCUGCGAUCGGCGGGUUCCCCGUCGGCUUCGGCUUUAUCUUCCUGUACAACGCCGCCAACAACUACCUAGUCGACAGCUACCAGCACCAGGCCGCGAGCGCUCUGGCCGCCAAGACGUUUAUCCGCAGCUUUUGGGGCGCGGGCGUGGUGCUGUUCACCGAGCAGAUGUACGCCACCUGUGGCUACCAGUGGGCUAGCAUGAUCCUGUUCUUCAUGGCGCUGGCGUGCUGCGGCAUCCCAUUCCUGUUCUGGAAGUACGGCGCGAGAAUCAGGGCGAGCAGCAGAUAUGCGUAUGCUGGGGACGAUGCGGAGGAGGGAAGACAGCCUCUGGAAAGUUCCAAUAUCAAGUAA